UUCAGCAGUUGGCAGGACUGGAUGUGAUACACUCUCUCUAGUAGAGAGGUCCCUGAUCACUGAGUUUUGAAGACUGAUUAGCAGCUCCGUGGUUUACACUCAUAUCUCAGCACAGGUAAUGUGUUCAUAUGUUGGAUCAUAUUAAAGAAGUUCUGUAUUAAAAUCACAAAUGAGUUUGAUUCCCCAUAGUUUAAAUUCCAGGAUAUUACUAAUUAAGAGGUCUCUUGGUUUUUGGUACCGUUUCUCUCCCUCCGUGUGUGAAACUUGCAAGCUGCUAACUGCGUUAGUACAUUCUAAGACAGAGUCUGUUCUCAAAGCAAUUCACACAGAGACUCAAAGCAAUACUCUGUAACAACAGAAACAGCACCCAGAGACUCCCCGCCCUUUUGUUGUAUUAACAAAUGUGAUUAAAAUAGAGAUAGAGGAUGUAUGUGGAUGGAUGCUUGGUGUGGAUAAUAACUGAAUGAUCAGGGAGGUGCCAGCCUAAGAAUCCAGUGUCCAUCGGCUGAAGAAGGCGUCAAGUGGAAAUAACCAGAGGACCCCCAGAGGGCAGACUGGAAUCCACCCAACAGCCUCAAGAAUGGGAGAACCAAAGAACAAGAUAACAUCUAGCAGCACGGAGCAACAGCAUGAUGAAGCAAUUCCCAUAGACUGACAUAGGAAGAAAUUCCUAUACAAAUGGACUCUAGAAAGUGAGAACUUUGGGGUCUGAUUCUGCAAACCAACUUCCAGGAGCAUCAGAUGAGCAUCUGACAAGGCCUUGCUCCCUCCUCAUGUCCAGGCCACCUGGCCAGUGGCUUGGCAUGAGCAACUCUAAGGCUGGUAACUAUGAUAACAACCUUGCAGAACCUGUGUGUGUGUGUUUGUAUGAAUGAAUGUGUGAAUAAAUAUGAGAUUGAAUGGAAUGUUAUAGCUAUAACUAACUGCUUACUAGGAUACUUUCUGUAUUCACAAUAAAUGUGGUAUUUUGCCUUUUUCCCUUUUAUAAGAUCCUGCUGGUUUUUAUUUUAUUGGUAUAACACAAAGUGGUCUUCAAAAAAGCCAUGCAACUUAACUUUAACUCGUACUGGUAAAUAUGGCAAUUGUUGGAUCUAGAAAAUUGUAUGCAAUGGAACCCAAACCCUAACAUUUUCAGCAAAUGACAUUUCUGAGUAUAAAAACUAGUGUCCUGCAAUGAGAUCCUAAAAGCUACUUGGCAAGUAUAUUUCUGAAACAAAAAAAAAAAAAGGUAGGUUUGGAUUAUCUGUCAUCUAGUUAAGCCUGAAAAUGUAUGUUUAUCAAUUAGGGAAUUGUUUUUAAAAAUACACAUGCACUUAUGUAUUCACUUAUUUUGUGCCUCAAUAUAUAAUACAGCAUUUGAGCUUAGUCACUGUAGUUGCGUGCAUAAUUGACUAUUUUUAAAACCCUGUUUGUAAAGCUGUUUUUGAAUUUCCUACACUUCAUAUUACCAAGGAAUACAGUUUAUUUUGAAUUCAUUUGAAAAAUGUUCUUUUCUUCAGAUUGUUAGUAUUGUAUUUUUAUGACAGGUUUCAGAGUAGCAGCCGUGUUAGUCUGUAUUCGCAAAAAGAAAAGGAGUACUUGUGGCACCUUAGAGACUAACCAAUUUAUUUGAGCAUAAGCUUUCGUGAGCUACAGCUCUCUUCACUGGAUGAAGUUUAAGAGAUAAUCAGAACCAUCAGUGACAAAUACACAACUUUAAAAGGGCCAAACUGUGGCCCCGAUUCAGCAAAGCACUGAAACAUGUGCUUACUUUUAAUCACUUUUAAACUACAGUUAGUAGUGCCAUUGUCUUCAAUAGGAUUACAGACAUGCUGAAAAUUAAGCGUGUGCUUAAGUGCUUUGCUAAACUGGGUCCUAAAUCCUUUUAGUACAUUUUUUUGGAGCCUGAUAGUUAUUAACGUUUAGAACACUUGGAUGAAGGAUGACUGUACUAAACAACUUAGCUAUGAAAAAUAAGCAGAGCUGGCAGCCUACUGAACACUUUCCACUUUAGGACUGUUUUCAGCUGAUUUACAGCUUUGCCAUCUUGAAAAAUUGGAGUAUGAAGUUUCCCAUGCUGGGUGUCUGCCUCACACUGAAUUUUUUGGAAAGGCACAACAAAAAUAGUUCAGCCAUUUCAGAGAACAAGGUUAAGGAGAAAUAGGUUGUGCUGACCAUAUUAAAGUGUGUGUGUGGUGGUGGGGGGUAAGGCUACACAGCCUGUUUCUGAGCACCAACUUCCCAUCUCCAUUUAUCCCCCUCUCCACUAUCCCCUACAUCCCUUCCCUCCCAGGAAGCAUGUCUAAUGUUUUCCUUCUCAAAUAGUUUCAUUAUUCCCUCCUCCCCCCCAAAAAUAAAACUGCCAGCCAUGACUCCUUUGUGGGGCUUUUGAUUAAUAUAUAGUUAGGGGUAAGUUAAUUGAAAGGUGAGCUCACAGAGCCUUCAUGAGCCACAGAGAAUUUCAAAAUAAUCUAACUGUUCAGAUACAAGAGUCAAGCUUUACAGAACAGAAAAUAGUAGUGAGGCAAACCUCUACUCACUUUUCUGUAUUGGAGAAUGUGCAGUGUAAAAAAAUGUACAUUUUUCUUAAAUACUAUGCUCAGUUGGGUCCCCUAAAGAUUUAGUUGGGGCCAUACACUACCUUGGGCAAAACUUGUCAGACUGAGACCACUUUGACCCAUAGCUCAUCAAUACUUUGAUCCCUAGUGCUGUGCAAUGUUCCCAACUAGAAACUUUUUUUAAAAAUGGCUAUGGGGGAAGAGGGUUACACCUGGCACAAAUGACUCCAAAUUUGGGUCACUAACCCCACUCUGCUGGGGCACACCAACUUUUAAAGAAAUCCAACCAUGCUUGUCACUUUGCCUACUCAGGAAGGUUAAUCUUUAAACAAAUGCCAAGAUCUAACUUUAACUACAGUGGUGCUGCUGUACCACUAUAAUGAGAGCUUGAGUGGUUUUCUUUUAAUAAGUCACUCUUCUUCCGAGUGUUUUGCUGACAUCUGAAAUGAAUUCAUUUUAAUACAUAUCCCCACAUCCACAUACACCAUCAGUUUGAGACCCUUGGGUAUAAAUGAACAAAAACGUAUACAAGCUGAGAAUGUCAUGAAGGUAUGAUCUAGCUAUAAGCUUCUAAAUGUAAAUUAGGAAACAAAAAUGCUCACGUAGUUAAAGCACAAGAAUUAAUAGCAGAUUGUAAUACUUUUGCUACAAACUCUGGGUGACCACAGGCAAAUCACAAUCUUGAUAUACCUGGUUUUCCCCUCUGUGAAUAAUCCUACCCAUCCUAAUAAAUACUCAAUUCAAUAAUACUAAUAAAUAAAAGAAAUAAUAGUUUUGGGUUAAAAGAUGGGUCUGGGAGGUAGAAUAUCUGAGUUUUCUUCCCAGUUUUGCCACUGACUUGCUGUGUGACUCUAGCCUUAGAUAUAGCCACUCUGUUUUUCAGUUUACACCUCUGAAUAUUGUAGACAACGAUAUAGCCUUGUUUCACAGAGGUGGUGUGAAUGCAUCUAGCCUAGAGACCGUUACAUGAGGCCUGGGAAGUGCGAAGUACCAUAGCAAACUGGCCUCUGUGUGCGUGUACCAGACGCAGGCGGUACUGGCCUGGGAUUCUGGAACUGGAGAAUCUGGAUUCGGGCUGGAGCAGCUGGUUCAAAAUGCUCAGUGAAGUGCCCCGCGGGGCAAUGGUGUAAUUAUCCCCCUUCCCAUCCAAGCCUCUUCGGCGCCGCUGCGCUGCCGGGGGAGUCAGCUGAACGCCACGGCUGAGCCCCCGUGGGGCGCGUCGCUGCCCCGCUUCCAGGGAGAAGGGCAGACGUGGGGACGGCGGCCAGAGGGAAAGAGUCCCUCGGCGCGGUCUGCUCAGGGUAGCGGCGGCGAGAGAAGAGUAGGAGCCUGACAAGGGCUCCAGGGCUAGCCCAGGGCCCCUCCCCCAGGCGCCGCGCCAGGGCAGAGAGGCCCCAGGCCUCCAGGCUGGCGCAAGGCCCAUUCCCUCCUUGCUGACGCCGAGGCAGAGGGGACCCGGCGCUCUCACCUGGGGGGAGGGGAGCAUGCGUGCGGGCUAAUGAGUCUGCGCGGCGUCCCUCCCACACGCGACUGGGCCAGUCUAUUCACCGGCAGAAGCGAAUCCGGAAGAUUCCACAGCGGAGAAACUGGAACCUUCCAGUAGGUCGCGGCUCGUGUCCGCCCCCUCCCCACCCCUUCCGCACCGGCGUCUGACAAUUCAUUCAAAGCCGGGGAGUCGACGCGACGGCAGCCCUCCUCGCGCUACAAAAGAGCAGUAGCGCUCAGGCGGCGCGCGCGCGCGGGAACCGCUGCCGGUGGCCGUUGGGGCCGGUUCGCGUGCUAGCCGUCCUCGCCCCCAUCGACCCUUCGCUGGCGGCCGGUCUGCUUCUGCCGCGGCCAUGAGGCACCUGCCCUAUUUUUGCCGUGGGGAGGUGGUGAGGGGCUUCGGCAGAGGCUCCAAGGAGCUGGGCAUCCCCACCGCUAACUUUUCUGAGCAAGUCGUUGAAAGCUUUCCAUCAGAUAUUUCUACUGGUAUAUACUAUGGAUGGGCCUGUGUUGGAAAUGGAGAUGUGCAUAAAAUGGUUUUGAGUAUAGGUUGGAACCCAUACUACAAGAAUGUAAAGAAAUCAGUGGAAACGCACAUCAUCCACACAUUCAAAGAAGACUUUUAUGGUGAAAUUCUUAGUAUAGUCAUUAUUGGGUACAUCAGACCAGAAAAAAACUUUGAUUCCUUAGAUGCACUUAUUUCAGCAAUUCAAGAUGACGUUGAAGAGGCGAAUAGAAAACUAGACUUACCAGAACACCUGAAACUCAAAGAAGACAACUUCUUCCACAUGCCAGAAAGCAAACUAGUAAAUGGCCAUUAAACAAGGUCAUUUGUACACUUAUUUUUAUUGUACUCUUGUCUUUGGUCUGCUCUCAUUAGUAUUCAGCUGUUGUAUCUGGUUAGUUAAGUGAAAUCUGUGUGUGAACAAAACACUGUAAAACAGCUGUGUUAGGCUUCUUUGUUUGAACUAAUGUAUUAUUAAACCUGUCAUGCAAGGGAGUAGAAAGUAAUGUUAAAUUCUUCUUAAAAAUCAACAUUGUGAUUCAGCAUGUUAAAUUGUUCACAGGUCUGAUCAUAUGAAACUCAAAACCAAAGUUAUUAGUGUUUUUUUGUCUAUUAAUGGUGUGUACAUAUUGGCUACAGACAAAAGACUUUGUGAUGAGAUUAGAGUGGACAGUCAUUACUGCCUUCCAGUUGUUUUUACAUUUUCCUUAUAUCUGGACUUCAGCCACUAAUUUAGAAAAUACCAAUAGUGAUCAUGCUACAGGUUUGUCUGUGAUGUGGAAAACAUCUGUAGCAAGAAUAGCAUACUGUAGAGAUUAUAUUUUUGAUAUAUUUUAGUAGGCAUAUAUUACACUUGAAACUGGCAUUAAUUGAAAUUAUUUAUUAUUUUAUUUGAAGAGAUUAUCACUAGAGUAAAAUAAUUGCACUGUCUUCCAUUUUAGUGACAUGCUCCCUAUUUUAAGGGUUGCCUGAAUCCUAAAAUGGAUGCUUUUGUUUAUUUUAAAAAAUACAUAUAAAUCCCAUCGUGCCAAAUUGUGGGUUGGCUGAUUUCAUUUUAGAAUAACAUCUCACUAAAUUUAAAGUAAUUUAAAGACACUAGAUCUAGGUUACUAAAUUAAAUUUGUGUAACUCUGAUAUUGCAAAGCAGAUUGAAAACCGUCCUUAGUGCAAGAGAUCUUCAAAUGAUGUGGAGCCACUGUAGCGAGACCUGUGCCCUUGUAGCCCCCUAGGAUGGGAAAGGGGACCAGAGCAAUUGAGCGUUGGCUAUUGACAGCUGCUGCAAUGGUACUUCAGGGGCUGUUGCAGCUGGACAUAACCAAGAGCAACACUGAGGCUGUUCUUUAGAUUAUGUUGUGGGCAAACCCCCCCCGCAGUUGACUUGAGGGCUGGGAAGUUAAGCCAUUUUUAUGUCUUACCCUUUCCUUGGGUCCUGCACCAAAUGCAGCUUGCGUGGUGCCAAUGAUUAAGCACACUAUCAAUUGCUAUGUGAAGAAAAAACCAAAGCCGCUUUUGGGACACUAUGUGAAGAGGAUAAAUUCAAAAUAUAAACAUUUCAGUAAAAAGUAAAUAAUUAUGGUUUCUCUUGCCAUACAAGACAUAAACAUGCAUACAAAUGCCAUGUUAUCUAAACUGUGGUUGUACUCCAAGCAGAUUCUAUAAAAAUGGGGCUCCAUAUUUCUAGUCUGAUUCCAGAUCAAAUCUGCUUCUUUUACAAAUAUGUGAUUUUGUCCCUUCUAACUACUAGCCAUGCAAAUUCAUUCUGGAGUCUCAACCUGGGGGUUUUGCAUUCCUGAUCCUGGGCUGCUCCUUGGGCCUAGAAUGAUGCUUCAUGUAAGUUAGUGUGCUCAGGGCCUAUAAUAUACAGCUGUCACCGAGGACUGCUCUGUGCACUGCAAUGUUGUCCAGAAUCUCUGCAGUGCUGUGUGCUGUAACCCCUGCUUCGACACACCCCAUCCCCAGCAUGCCUUUUAUUUCAGGGCUUAUGGGGUUCUCAGAAGUCAGACUUAGAGCUGUCUUCCUCAGUUCCUGUGCUGGGAAUCCUUACUUCUCUGAAUACGGGCUUCUAGGUUCCCUUCGUGCUUCUCUGGCUCUCUCACGCAGUGUAAAGAGACCAGAGCAGUUGUGAGGAUCUUGCCAUGAGAAUGAAAUUGAAUUCUUUGAUUUGCAUAUCACCAGUUAGAGAUCUUGCAACUGGAACUUAACAGUCCUGUUGAUAUGAAAGAGGAAAAUCUAAAUCAGUUGAGGAGGGAAGUGUGGUUACAUAACCACUUUUCAGAGUAAAUAGUACUUGAGCUGGUCCUUGUUAUCUUUUCAGAGUGCACACUGAAAAUUCUUGACAUAACUGCUGUCUGGAAUUUUCCAAAGAAGUUUCAGAAUUUCUCAUUUGCCUUCUGUUCAAAGUUGGGAGAAAUCACAUGCAGUAGAAAAUACUGUUGAGAAAUGGUUAAUGUGAGUGGCAUUUUACUAUAAGACUCAGUGUAAGCUGUCUUUUUACACUCUGCACAACAAUUCCAACUUGUAAGUUGGAAGGAAGGGUAUCUGUUAGGGAUACAUUUUAAUUCAAAUGAAGGAGUGAAGGGAGGAUUUUCUUCUUGCAUGAAGAUGUCCAGUUAAUUCUGAUAUUUCACAUUCCCCCUUUCUUUCCUGGGGGAACAAAAUAGCAGUUAUAUAUACUAUUAAGAAAAAGGUGUCGUAUUGAAAAGUAAAUCUGUUAGUUUAGGGUUUUAAAACUAAACUGUUGUAAACUUUUUGCUAAUGAUUUCAUGUGUCAGUUGAGGAAUUGUUUACCAUUUUAGGAAACAAAGGUGCCUUAAAACAUUUGAGUACAAUUGUUCAUAACUGGUAACGAACACUAAUGUCCAAGAAUCAUUUCACAAUGUAUAACCAUUGCACUGAGCAGAGAGAACUUGAACUGCUAAUUAUAUAAAACAACUGGAAGUGAGACUGAUUUAUAUAGAGUAGUGUCUUGAGGUUGGUUUUUGAGAGCAUAAAUGUGUCUCAAAGUAUCUCUCUGCCCUUGUGCUUUGUUAUGUACUUGCUGGAUAUCAGUUAUUUAAGUUUGAUAUAACUUAGUACAACAGAAGCUUUAUGAACAGUUAUAUUUUUGUACUAUAUACUAAUAUAAAAGUACAAAUCUUGUAUUUGCUUGUGCUACUGUUACAACAUCUAAGCUAACUUUUAAAAAAGGAACUGUAGCUGGGUAACAGUUAUAUUCCUGUUUGUCUCAUGUUUUCAGGUGAAAAGUCUUGCUCGGUAUAAAUAAUUUUUACAUAUUGGUUGGCAUGUUCUGAAAACAUUGUCAACUGUUCACUAAUUAUGCUGCUUGUUUACUUGCCUUUCUUUCAGCUUCUACAAUGAAAACUUUGUUCAGUGGUUUUCACUUUCAGUUUCCCAGUGCUGCAAUAGUUGGAUUACAAACAUUGCAAGGGAAAUGGCUUUUUAAAAAUGUUUUAGAAUUUUAAAAGAACCGUCAAAAUACUUUCUCACAGUUUACAUUUUGGGCCAAAUAUGAGUUAGUGUCUUUCUGAAAUCUACUGCUGUCUUUGAAUAAACUUUGGUCUAGUGUAGGGACCAGUCAAUAUACGUUUUUCAAAAGGAAAAAAAAAACCGAACAGUAGCUUUUAGGUAGGAUAAAAUUGGUAUUGUUAGCUUAGUGCAAAAUGUGUACAUUUUUAGCACAUAUUGAAAACUUUGAAUAAAGUGCAAUAAUUGCUUGA